GACACAACCAGCUAAAGCCCGUUUCCAACUCCGAACUCUCUCUCUCUCUCUCAGCGACCAUGAGACCCCAAAACAAAGUACUUUCUCUCUCUAACUUCUUCGUCUUCUCGUGCUUAUGCUUCCUUCUCCUGGUUUCGCCGCCGUUGUUGGCUUUCCAAUCCGACGAGCUUCUCGUAGACGACGAAGAGUUUGGCCUCGAAGGGGGUCGUUCCCCUGAUCUCGAUCUCACAAUCACCCGAUCUUCUCCUAACCCUCCACAGCCCACAAUUCGGACCCAAUCGACCCGGAAGAGGUCGUCGGAUACGGACUCGGACUCGAAGAUCCAGUUCUCGCUCGAGCACGCCUUCGGAGACUCCGAUUUCUCCUCCGCCGGCACAUUCUCCGCUCGCCUCAAGACAUGGUCUCAUGGUGGCCAGACUCUCACGAAACUUAGGUUUUCAAGGAAUGGUCUUACAGAAACAGAGAAGGAAAAGUUCAAGAAUCUAUUGGAAGAUGAUGACUUCUAUAGGAUAAGAGUAGCAUCCAACGUGGUGAGCUCUCCUGAGAGGGAGUACAUAAUUUCAUCAGUGAAAGCAAGAUGUCUUCCACGGGAUGGUUUGGACGAGCAUUUUGUUAUACAUAUGGAAGGUGUUAACAUCUUGGCCAUUAAUUAUGGCUCUCCUGGAGCAUGCCCAUAUCCUCGGCAAUUGAAACUUCCUGCAAAGUGGUUCUUUAACUCACACACAGUCUUGAAGAACAGCGAGGUGGCACCAAGGACUCCAUCAUUUGCUGAAGAAAUCCUCGUUGGUGAGGAUGGAGAGGGUGAAGGUGUAAAGCCACUAGAAAGGUCCUUUUGGGCUAAAUAUUGGAUGUAUUUAAUCCCUCUUGGACUAAUUAUCAUGAAUGCUAUCACGCAAGCCAUGAACAUGCCAGAGGAACAGGCUACUGGCCAACCAGCAACCCAAGCACCACAGCCGGCUGCAGCAAUACGGGGGCAAAGCUCUACUGUGCGAAGAAGAUGACUGGUUUCUGCAUAUAGAGCUGCACCAGCAGCACGCACGCAGAUGGUGCUCGGGAUACAUUGAAACGGCAACAAGCUGCUCUGUGGCCUUUUCAUGGAAACCAGAAAUUGCUCAUCGUUCCUGAAAAGGCUUUACGUAAGCGUAUGGAACUUUGUUUAUGAAGCAUUCGAAUUGUAAUUCUUUGCCCCGACAAGGUUCCACACUUUCUGGUUAGGAUUGAUUCUUGGGGUCCAAAUCUUUCCUCUUUUUAAGACGAAUUUCAUUCGACAUUCCAAGAUGCAUAAGUUGUUGUUUGUGAAUUUUAUCCUUUUACCACAUUUGAUUUCUGGAGAGAAUUUCAAGUAAUUUAUAAAAAGGUCAAUUAGAGUUUUGCAAUAACUAAAUAA